AUGCCAAUUCCAGUCCCUAACCCAGUACCAUUUUUCCCAUUUCGACAUCUGCUCCCUCUAGGAGAACAAAACGCAGAUGUGGAUUAUUUCGAGUAUAUAAAUGAUUCAAAUGGUUCCGGACAUGUUUUGGCACGUGAACUAAGUGUGACAAUGUCUUUUCCCUUUCCGAAACUCCCGUCAUUGAACGACGACAGGAAAGCUUUCACCCUAUUCCCCGAACUCCCUUGGGAUAUACAGCUAAUGAUCAUCGAUCUAGCGCGCUCAGGUCCUCGUAUUAUUGCACUUCGAAGAAUAAUUCGGACUACGCAUCAAACGAGACAUUUGAUAAGGGUCCCAUUUGUCGAGAACUUUGAGUUUGGUUUACCUCACAUGGGUGCCGCGUUCGUGAGUGAGCAUUCACAUCUCGAAGGUGACAGACAUAUUCACGACGUGGCUGGUGUCUUGUUGAGAUUAGGGGACUUCAAGAACCCCGCCUUGCUCUAUGUUAACAGAGCAAUUCGCUUUGAGAUGCUGAAACAUUAUAAACAGUUAGAGUAUCAGUGGUCACAAUAUCGCUUCGGUGAUGACAGAAUGAGAAGCAGCGACGUUAGAUACGCAAGAGCUCGCGCGAAACCAGCCGGCUUGGCUUUCUUUAACCCUCAUUUAGACAACAUCACAAUAGACAAGGCUUUGGAACUUGAGUAUUUCACUAAUUGGAGAAGCGCUAAUAAAGCGACCAAUGAUCUAGAGCGGCAUGUACGACACCUGACCAUUCGUGAUAGCAUAGUUGAUGCUUGGGGCGCCGGCCUUCCGGCGCAGCUCCUUAGAUUCAUGUCGUUAGAGACGAUCACAAUGCUGGAAAGAGGUGGACUAGAGCAAGCAGUGACAUGGUCGUCCUAUCAGUCCAAGGAUAGCCUUUCCCCCGACUUAAAAGAUAAGACACGGUAUCUCGAGAAGCGCUUGAAAACAGCAUUUGAGGACAGAGGCAAAACAGCACCUUACAUUAUUGAUAUCAGUAUGUCUCAAUUUCGAUCAUGGAAACGGGUUCUAGGUGAGGAUCACAUUGCGGGUCCGGGCAUACAAGAGUACUAUGGAGAGAAUCCGAAAGGUUACUUUGAUUAA